AUGAUGAUUUCACAGCAGAUCUGCGAUCUUUCGAAAAAACCUAUUUCAUCCGUGGACAAAGCAAGCGUACAACUAACGUUCGUUAAUUUAGAUGAGAAAGGUCGAAUGACAGACGAACUUACGGUGUUGAAUGUGUGUGGUGCGUUAAGGAAAGAGGGAAAGGCCGAUGGUCUUAUUACAGAGAAGUUCUACGAUUAAAACUAUUUAGUUAAACCGA